AUGAGUUCGUUGAAUACCCUAUUUCCAGGGCUGCCACCAAAGUUUGAACCUCACAUUACAAUCACCACCAACAUAAGCUUGGAUUUGACAGACAAGAGCAAAACAAAGGAUGAUGUUGACAGAAUUUUAUCGGCAAGUGCGGUUGCGAUAAACUCGUUACCAAAGAACCAUGAAAGUUUGGUAAAAUUAGGAAAAGUGAAUAGUCAACGUAAAUUUUUCAAAAAACUAUACUUUGAGGUGGAAAAGGAUCCUAAUUUGGUGUCAUUUGCAAGAAUAAUCCGUGAAUUAUUUGUUAUUGUGCCACAGGAUGUCGAGAAAGAGAACAUCAAGCAAAAUCCUCAUCUUUAUACAAGAGAUACUAAUGGAAACACAAUAAGGCGGAAGCCACUGAAAAAGAAAAGUAAAGCACCCGAGGUCAAAGAGUUUGAUACGUCCUUUAUUCGCCAAGCAGCUGCAUAUAAGGCAGCAGAAUGGUCAGCACAAGAAUUCGAUCCUCAUAUCUCGUUGGUUUACAGUGAUUUAUGGCCGCUACACAGUGCCUUAUGGAGAAACAUCAAUACCCGAAUACUGGAUAUAGACUGGGAUAUUGAGUGGGAAUUUGGUGUUUUGAAAUUAGUGCUUUGUGAAGGUGAUGUUAAUGACUGGGUAGUUUUAGGAAGUGUUGAUAUACACUGA